GUUCCAUUACAAUUUCACACACACUCAAUCUCCCUCCUCUUCAAAUUCAACCAAAUUUCCCAUUUCAAUCCAUUCUUCUCCUCUCUCUCUCUCUAUCAAUUUUGCCAAUUUCCCAAAAUUUGCAUUUUUUUCUCUCUAAAUCUCUUUGCUGCUUCGACAUGGCGGAGGAAACCAAGAAGACGGCGGCUCCUGAGGCGGCCGAGGAGGUGGCGGCGGUGGUGUCUGACGUGCCGGUGGCGGAGAAGGAGGUUCCCCCGCAGCCGGAGCCGGAGAAAGCGGCGGAGGAAGGAGAAAAGGAGAAGGAGAAAGAUGAAGAAGCGGCGGAGGAGGAGAAAGUUGCCGAAUCCGCUUCCUUCAAAGAGGAGAGCAACAAAGUCGAUGACCUCGUCGAUCCGGAGAAGAAAGCUCUCGAUGAGUUCAAGCUCCUGAUUCAAGAAGCCCUCAACAACCACGACUUCACCGCUCCUCCGCCGGCGAAGAAGGAAGAAGAACCAGAAACAGAGACAAAACCCAAAGACGAAGAAGAGCCCAAAACCGAAGAGAAGAAGGAGGAAGAACUAAAAAUCGAAUCUUGCGACGCCCCACUUGCUGAAACUCCGGCGGCGGUGGAGAAGAAGGUGGAAGAGGUAAAAAUCGAAUCUUGCGAUGCCCCGCCUGCUGAAACUCCGGCGGUGGAAGAAGCAAAAAUCGAAUCUUCAGAGGCGGUGGAAGAGAUCAAAGAGACCAUAGUCCAUGAAGUGACGCCCCCAUGUGCCCCUGCGGCGGAGGAAGAAGCCCCGCCUCCUCCCACGCCGGAGGAGGUUUCCAUCUGGGGUGUCCCACUUCUCGCCGACGAGAGGAGCGACGUCAUCCUCCUCAAAUUCUUGAGGGCUCGUGAUUUCAAAGUGAAGGAGGCUUUCAGCAUGCUGAAAAGCGUGGUGGCGUGGAGGAAGGAAUUCAAGAUCGAAUCUUUACUGGAGGAGGAGGAAUCCGCCAUUGUUGAAGGGCUUGAGAAAGUUGUGUUCUUACAUGGUGUUGACAAAGAGGGCCACCCCAUUUGCUACAAUGCCUUUGGGGCUUUCCAAGACAAGGAGCUGUAUAACAACACCUUUGGUGAUGCUGAGAAAAGGGGUAAAUUCUUGAGGUGGUAUAUUCUCUUGUUGGAGAAGAACAUUAGGAAAUUUGAUUUCAGCCCUGAUAGCAUCUGCACCAUUGUUCAAAUCACUGAUCUCAAGAAUCUGCCUGGCUUGAUUCUCUUCAAGAAAGAUUUCAGACAGGCUACUAAUGAGGCUCUUCAGCUUCUCCAGGAUAACUACCCUGAGUUUGUUGCCAAACAGGUGUUCAUCAAUGUUCCAUGGUGGUAUGUGGCUUACAAUAGGUUGAUCAGUCCAUUCUUGACUCAAAGGACCAAGAGCAAGUUUGUGUUUGCUGGCCCUACCAAGACUGCUGAGACCCUCUUUAAAUACAUAGCACCUGAGCAUGUCCCAGUUCAAUAUGGUGGCCUAAGCAAGGAUGGUGAGGCAGAAUUCACCACUGCUGAUUCUGCAACAGAGGAAACCAUCAAGCCGGCAGGCAAGCACACCGUUGAGCUCCCUGUCACUGAGGCUUGCACACUGGUGUGGGAGGUGAGGGUGGUGGGGUGGGAAGUCUGCUAUGGGGCGGAGUUCGUGCCCUCGGCCGAGGGUGGAUAUACGUGGGUCGUGCAAAAGUCGAGGAAGAUUGGGCCGGGGGACGAGCAGGUCGUCGGGUGCAGCUUCAAGAUUGGUGAGACUGGCAAAGUUGUGCUCACAUUUGACAACCAAACAUCCAAGAAGAAGAAGCUUCUUUACAGGUUCAAGACUAAGCCCUCUGAAUGAAUGGAAAUGGAAACAUAAAAUGUGCAGCAAAAGAAUAAGGAGAGGAAAAGGGUGGUUUUCUUUCCUUUGUUCAGUCACAUUAUUCUUUUUUACUUGAUUUGUGUUUUAAAAAAAGAAGAAACUUGGAAAAUGUUGUUGAUUCUAUAUUUGUUUGUUGGUUGAUUGGUUGGUAUUAUAAAUUGAAGUUUUUUUUUGUUGGAUUGUGGUGUAACAAAAUUUGGGAUGCAAGUACAUAUGGUGAAUGUGAAACAUAAAUAUUUAUUAGUGUUUA